CUCCUCCUCACUCCUCUUUCUCCAUUCACAGAGAAAGCUCUGAGCUCCUUCUUGAAUGGACCCCAUCUCUCCGAGCCAAAACUUGCUUUCUGCUGUUGUGGACGAAAACUGAAGAUCACCACUGAUCAAUCUGUCUGUUUUUUUUUCUUCUUUUUUCUUCUUCUUUUGCUGAGAAACUUGGCUGCAGAGACUGUGCUGUGUCGCCAUGAACUUCUGUACUUCUGUCAGACUUGAUGAGUUUCCAGAGCGCCUGUGUGUGGUGUCGUAGACGACUGAUUCAGAGAAGAGCUGAGAAAAAGAAGACGUACUCCUUAAAGUGACUGAAAGACUCCCAAGGAUUAAGAAGGUGGACACAGGGAGACGGAUCGAAUUUAAAAAUAGCCUUCCUUUAUCCCAGUUCUCUCCCCUGGACCGCGAUGGGUUCAGAUGUACGCGACCUAAACUCCCUGCUGCCCCCGGUCCCGGCGGGCCCCAGCCCUGGCUGCCCGGCCCUUCCCGUCAGCACGGCCCCUCAGUGGGCUCCUGUCCUGGACUUCCACACUGCCCCCUCCCCUUACACCUCUCUGGCUGCUCCCCACUCUUCCCUGGGGGCGCACUCCUUCAUCAAACAGGAGCCCAGCUGGGGGGCCGCUGGUGACCCCCACCACCACGAUGCAGAUCCCCAUUGCCUCAGUGCUUUUACCGUCCACUUCUCGGGCCAGUUCACAGGGACUGGGGCCUGCAGGUACGGUGCGGCGUUCGGGGCACCACCUCCUCCGCCGGCCCCGAGCCAACCGCCACCCGUGGCCGCCCCGCACCACCACCAGCCCCCCAGCAGGAUGUUCAGCAAUCCGCCAUACCUGACCAACUGCAUGGACACGCAGCAGGCGGCCCGCAACCAGACAGGUUACAGCGCAGUUGCAUUCGAUGGAGCCGGUAAUUAUGGUCACACUCCUACACACCACAGCUCGCAGUUCUCCAACCACUCCUUCAAACAUGAAGACGCUUUAACUCAGCAGAACACGAUGGGUGAGCAGCAGUAUCCUGUACCUCCUCCUGUCUAUGGGUGUCACACACCUUCAGAUAGCUGUACGAGCAGCCAGGCUCUGCUUCUGAGGAAUCCUUACAACAGCGGUGAAAAUUUAUAUCAAAUGACCUCUCAGUUGGAGUGUGUGGCAUGGAACCCUGUCAAUACAAUGGCAUCCACCAUAAAGAGCCAUGCAGCCAGUUAUGACAGUGACCCCAGCACCCCGAUGGUAUACAGCUGCAGCACGCAGUACCGCAUACACACACAUGGAGUCUUCAGGGGAUUACAGGACGUGCGUCGGGUGCCCAGCAUCGCUCCAGCCAUCAUGCGGUCAGAAAGCAGCGAGAAGCGCCCGUUCAUGUGCGCCUACCCAGGAUGCAACAAGCGCUACUUCAAGCUCUCCCAUCUGCAGAUGCACAGCCGCAAACACACAGGGGAGAAACCCUACCAGUGUGAGUUCACAGACUGUGGCCGCAGAUUUUCGCGCUCUGACCAGCUUAAAAGACACCAGAGGAGGCACACAGGAGUAAAACCGUUCCAAUGCGAGACGUGUCAGAGAAAGUUCUCUCGGUCUGACCACCUUAAGACACACACACGGACUCAUACAGGUAAAACAAGUGAGAAGCCGUUUAACUGCCGGUGGCCUAACUGUCAGAAGAAGUUUGCCCGAAGCGACGAGCUGGUACGACACCACAAUAUGCACCAGAGGAACCUCACCAAGCUCCAGCUGUCCAUCUGAGUGUGUAUCUGCAGCCCGUUUCCAAGACUAAAAUAUUAACAUGUUAUUUUGCGUACCCCAAAACAAAAAAGCCUCCGUGGGAGUCUUAAUCUGACAUUUAGGACUUAAAUUUUACGAGCUACACACCACAGUCUGCACUCUGAGGUGAAAUGCAAAUCUGUCUAAAAUCAAGGAGAAUUCUGACAAAGGGGAUGUAGUCUUGGAAACUGCAGUAUAUUACUUAGUUCAUCAGUUCAGUUGAUCUCAAGGCCAGCUCAGAUCAGCUCAUACCUUCCUUACCCAUUCAGCUGACUCUCUCAUUUAAGCUCUCCACUUGCAACAUACCUAUAACUGUGCUUCACCUUUUAUGCUGUAUCUGACUUAAGCAUCUCAUCUUCGUUCUUAAAACCUGCUGUGUCCUGUGACCAUGAAAUAGGGAGGUGUCUCAGAACAGUGCCAUGCUUCUUAUAUAAAUCACUGCUGAUGGAAAUGAUAA